UCCAACUGCUUGUCUCGAAUCCUGGGCACGGAACGUGCAAAAUAGAGGGCUUGCAGUUGCAUCUCAAAUCACCUACCAACCGCGGUGUUGGAAGACCAGUCAGUCUGGUAAAAGUCCUCCAAUCGGCCACAUGACUGGUUGCGUAUUGCUACCACCGGAAACGUUAGGAAGAUUACCCAAUAUUUAUUUUUCUAAAGACCGAGAAAAGGGAGGCAUUGGGAUAACGUAAGUAACAUAUUUCGAAAAUUAUCAAAAACGAUGCAUUACAUCCGGCCGUGAUUGGGAGUCCCAUAGGCCUUCAUUGUAAAAUAAGAAUGUGUUCUUAACUGAUUUGCCUAGUUAAAUAUUAUUAGCUAAAUUGCUACAGAAACUUAGUGUGUAAGCUAACAAUGUUCGCUAGUUAGCUAGCUACCUUUACAUACUGUAUAUUUAACAAAGUUAAUUUUAUAUCACCUGCUUGCUAACUUCAUAUUAGCUAGUUAGUUAUUUUGAUGUAUUUAUCGUUGUACCGUUAAUUCCAAAUGCGUUUGUAACGGAAGAGGGUGAAAAGAUGAAAGUUAGCUAGCACUGCCAGCUGGGAGAGUAGGCUACUCUGGAUAAGGCAGGUACAUUUGUGGAAGAACAUUAUGAAAAGAUUCUCCUGUUCCAGUCCCUAGCGAGAAGAUGGCAACAUCAUUUUCAGUGCUGUCUAAUUUGAGUAUAAUGCAGCCUGUUUCUUUGGGAUGUUUUCUGUCGUGAAACCCUGUCUGCAGAUGAAGAGGUCCAAAUUAAUGUCCCAAGAGAAUACGAGUGCAUCCCUGUAUACUAUGGAUUAUGUAUACCUAGCUAUGUUAGCAAAUGUUGUAAACAAAAAGUGUUUAAAAGUAUAAACCUAUUACAACUGGAGCAGCCCACGGGCACCUUAAUUGGGGGGCUCUUGGUAAUGGCUGGAACGGGAAUUGGUGGAACGUUAUUAAACGUUAUUAACGUUAUUAAAUAUGAGCUGUGCUCCCAUCAACAGCCUCCACUGGUUUGCACGCUUCUGUUCCAACGAAGUACCAACACACCUGAUUCAAUGUAUAAUUACGUGGACUAUUGCUGGGCUGGACAGAAAUCUGCUCAGCCAGUAGAUCAGGUCUCAGUGGGUGGGGUUGGCCGUGUCCUUGUUUUUACUGAAAUGUCUAACUUUUACAAACGAAUUAGAUUACUUGUACAUUUUGAAAUGAUAUGAAAGUGUUGAUUAUUUGAAGUUAAGUGUUAAAACUGUUUUUAAUUAUUAACUUAACUUUUAUUCAGGAUGAACUAGUGUUGAUGUUGAGUAAUCCCAGAUCACAAUCUUUCAAUAAAGAGGGUGGAAUCAGAAGAUGAUGGGGAUCCGUAUCUGAAAACACAACUACUACCACCAAGUUCACUGACAGAUACUUUUCUCCAAGGUCUGAGUAGCACUUGGAGGUGCCACUGUGAUAAUGAAGAUGGUUUGCCUAAGACUCCCACAACAAUUACAUUGUCUAUGCUACAUUUUUAAAUUGUAAAGAAAGAAAAGUUAGGCUAUAAGAAAUACUUUUUAUUCAAUGUGGCUAGGCAAAGCAGAUAUGACACAAUACUUUUUAUUCAAUGGGGCUAGGCAGAGCAGAGAUGACACAAUACUUUUCAUUUCACCCAUACAACAACAUUAUUAAAGUACAGUAUGUUUAUAGUAUCAAACAAUAGUCUUUUACACAUUCCAAAUUACAUUUUAUAUAUUGAUAUGGUUUAAGGGGGCACUUUUGUCAUGAUGACAAGGUGAAAAUGCUCUCCUCAAAUGGCACAACAUAACUCUCAGAUUGACCAAAGCACAGCAUAUAACAACCAUCUUGUGUAACUGAGGGAUGUCUACUUUCAUAUCUGGAAAAGGAUGAACUAAUAGAAGUAGAAACUGAUGCUGCUGCAGCAUCGCUCAUCUUCACUGUCAACAUGGGUGUGGUUGCCAUGUUGCCAUCUUGGACUUCAAAAGGUAUGUACCCACAUAAAGCCCAACAUGGCAAGCACAUGUGGGGCCAACAUGGAUACUGGGGACAACUUUAUGAGAACCUUCUGGUUAUCCUAGAUGGGGGUCCAAGUGGUAACCAUUCUUUAACUCACCUGGGAUAAAAACCUGGAGCCCAUGUGGGUUAUCACACAGUUGCCCACUAGGGUCCCUUAAUAAGCCCAACAUGGCAACCACACUUGGGGUCAGCUUGGAUACUGAGGACAAAACUUUGUAGGUCCUUUUGGGUUUACCAAAUGUAGCCCAACAGCCCUUUAUUAACCCUUAUGGGCCCCACAUGGAAAUGUUGGCUGGGCUGGUUUUCAAUUUAAAAAGGUUUUCAUGAAGAAGGGCGUUUGUUUAGCUGCAUUUAGUCAUGGCUACCUUGUUUUGAGCCUGUUAUGUGUGUUUCUCAUUGCUAGGUUUUAUGGGUAUUAUGACUCAUAAAGCCAAACCUUGACUCAAUAAAUCCAAACCCUUGACUUUUGCAAUUGUGAAAUACACGGUGUUGCUUACUGUACUUUACUGUAUGUAUACUUGAAUUAUCAUUUUUCAAUGGGAAAUGUGCAAAAAUGGAGUGGGACUUAAAAGGAAAUAAACAACAGUAACAUGUAUGGUGCUGAUUGAUUGAAACUGAGUGAUCGAUCAGUUAAAUGGCGUGCUACCAUUGGCGGUGGCGGCGUGUUCUCCUAUGCCUGUGCUGUACUCCAGGUGUCCUGGUGGGAUCUCUCUGUGUGUAUGUCACCCUGGCUGUGUGCUAUGGUACUACCACCACCACAGGCCCAGGCGUUGCUGCCCCUAUCCCACAAACUCUACCAGAGCACUUCAUUGCACUGGGGUUAACCAGUAAUGGCACCGUGGCCCCCCAUCCCACCAGCUCCUUCUGGGACCCCAAGCCCCACGGAGGAGCCCUCUGGAACCUGCUCCAGUUACACAUUGACCGCCAAUACAACCCCAUCCUGAUGCCCAGCAGAGAGUACAAUUACCAUCUUGAUACCAAUAAUAACAAUAAUAAAAACGAUUUGCGGUUUUCCUUCCCCACCUUGAGUGCAGGGUUCUCUGAGAUUGGGAACUUGACGUCUCAAAUGGAGGAUUUUCCAGAGCUGCCCCUGCAGAUGCAGAUGUUUGUGCGCUCCAUGCACUUCAGGGACUACCCUGUCCUCAUUGAGCCUGCUAAACUGUGUGGGCGUGGGCCAAGGAAGGGACAGGGGCCUCUCCUAGUGCUGGCCAUUAAGACCAAGGAUCUGAACUUUGAGAACCGUCAAGCCAUCCGGCAGACAUGGGGCCGGGCGGGAUGGGUGGCAGGGGCGACAGGGAACGGCGGUGUGGUGCGGAGGGUCUUCCUCCUGGGGAAGAACCACGCAGAGCCCCGAGUAGACGUAAGUGAGCUGCUGCAGCUGGAGAGCCGCCAGUACAGGGACAUCCUCCAGUGGGACUUCCACGACUCCUUCUAUAACCUCACCCUGAAGGACGUGCUGCUGUGGGACUGGCUCUCCACCCGCUGCUCCAUGGCACGCUUCGUCUUUAAAGGGGACGACGACGUCCUAUUGCGGACCCCUGCUCUCUUAGACUACCUCCGGGAGCAGACGAUCCUGUCAGGUGCGCCUGGGUCAGAGUUUAUGAAGGGAUUCAUGGUAGGGGAUGUGAUAGGAGCAGCCAGCCCCAACAGAGUCAACACUACCAAGUACUUUAUUCCUGCUAGUUUCUAUAAUGGUCUGUACCCUCCGUACGGGGGUGGGGGAGGGGUGGUGUACUCAGGGGAGCUGGCCCUGAGGCUCAACCGUAUUUCCCGGAGAGUUCACCUGUACCCCAUUGAUGAUGUCUACGUGGGCAUGUGCCUCCACAGGCUCGGGGUCCACCCCAUCCACCACCCCGCCUUCCUCACCUUCGACUUCCCCAAGAAAGAGGGGGAAGAGCGGUGUGCGUACCACACUAUCUUACUGGUACACAAACGCAGCCCUGCUCAGGUAAUGAAGCUGUGGUCGGAGAUAAUGAGGAACCAGACAGAGUGCAACAGCACCAUCCUGAGAACUGAGAAGGAGAACAAGAAUACAUUUCUGAUAGAUCCAUUUAGUGUGAAAGACAACAAGGGACAGGAACUUCUGACGGAUCCAUGGGGUAGUUCUGAAAAUUCAGCUCUAUAGUGAGGUAAUCACUGACUGGUAUGAAACUGACUUAAAGCUGCAAUAUGCAACUUUGUGAGUGACCCGACCAAAUUCACAAAUGUUAGCUAUACGAGCUCAGGUGCAUUCUGUUUCCAAUGGUCAUCCUUGAGAUGUUUCUACAACUUGAUGGGAUUCCACCUGUGGUAAAUUCAAUUGAUUUGACAUGAUUUGGAAAGGCACACACCUGUCUAUAUAAGGUCCCACAGUUGACAGUGCAUGUCAGAGCAAAUACCAAGCCAUGAGGUCGAAGGAAUUGUCUGUAGAGCUCCAAUACAGGAUUGUGUCGAUGCACAGAUCUGGGGAAGGGUACCAAAAAAUGUCUGCAGCAUUGAAGGUCCCCAAGAACACAGUGGCCUCCAUCAUUCUUUAAAUGGAAGAAGUUUGGAACCACCAAGACUCUCCCUAGAGCUGGCCCGGCGGGAGAAGGGUCUAAGUCAGGGAGGUGACCAAGAACCUCAUGGUCACUCUGACAGAGUUCGUCUGUGGAGAUGUGAGGUUCCCUGGCUGGGACCGAGAGACUGAAAAACAGCUUCCGAGUAACCGGCUACCACCCGGUGACUCAGCCCUGCACCUUAUAUCCAUAGACAUGGAAUCACUGGUCCCUUUAAUAAAACACUAGUCACUUUAAUAAUGUUUACAUACCUCUUUACUCAUUUCAUAUGUAUAUACUGUAUUCUACUGUAUUUUAGUCAAUGCCAUUCAGACAUUGCUCAUCCUAAUAUUUAUAUAUUUCUUAAUUCCAUUCUUUUACUUUUAGAUUGUGUGUAUUGUUGUGAAUUGUUAGAUCCUACUGCACUGUUGGAACUAGGAACACAAGCAUUUCGCUACACCCGCAAUAACAUCUGCGAAAUAUGUAACCAAUAAUUAUUAUUAUUAUUUAUUCUUUUUUUUUCUAUUGUGUUAUUGACUGUAUGUUUGUUUAUUCCAUGUGUAACUGUGUUGUUUGUGUCGCACUUCUUUGCUUUAUCUUGGCCAGGUCGAAGUUGUAAAUGAGAACUUUUCAACUGGCCUACCUGGUGAAAUAUAUAUAUAUUUUUUAAAAGAUUAGAUUUUCUGAGGGAGAACCUUCCAGAAGGACAACCAUUUCUGCAGCACUCCACCAAUCAGGCCUUUAUGGUAGAGUGGCCAGACGGAAGCCACUCCUCAGUAAAAGGCACAUAACAGCCCACUUGGAGUUUGCCAAAAGGACUCUCAGACCAUGAGAAAAAAGGUGGAAGGUUCACCUUCCAACAGGACAAUGACCUUGGCACACAGCCAAGACAGUGCUGGAGUGGCAUCGGGACAAGUCUCUGAAUAUCCUUGAUUAGCCCAACCAGAGCCCGGACUUGAACCCGAUCGAACAUCUCUGGAGAGACCUGAAAAUAGCUGUGCAGCAACGCUCCCCAUCCAACCUGACAGAGCUUGAGAGGAGCUGCAGAGAAGAAUGGGACAAAUCUGUACAUGUAAUAUCAUUUUUGUUUUUGCUUUGUCAUUAUGGGGUUAUUGUGUGUAGAUUGAUGAGGGGGGAAAUACUAUUUCAUCCAUUUUAGAAUAACGUAACAAAAUGUGGAAAAAUUCAAGGGGUCUGAAUACUUUCCGAAUACACAGUAGAACUGUCAUCAUCAUUGAAAGCAUGUUGGAAAUUCUGAGGAAAUGUUUAUAGCAAUAUUUUUUUUAUUAUGAUUUAUCAGGAGGUGCUGCAGCACUCAGCACCCCGCGGCUCUGCUGCCUCUUGACAAUGGGGAAGAGGCAAGGCCUUCAUAGGGAGCUAUUCACUGACUGGCUAUCCUAUUAUGUAAAACUGACAUGAUGGUGAUUGUCUAUAGAGAAGGUGUGCUGCCACUUGACAAUGGAGAGGAACAUGAGAAUGGGGAACAGUACAGAUUUAUUCAUGUAAACCUAUUAUUACUAUAAACACAACGAUGUGAGGAACCUGAGGAAAUACUAGACUGGUUGUUUUAAAACUGACUCAAAUGAUAGAUGGUGAUGGAGAAAGGUAUGCUUCCAGCUGAGAACUGCCCUGUAAUAAGGCCCCACAGUGUGAUAAACGUGAACCUACGUUUGACAGAAAUACUGGAUGUCGUUUGUUUUUACUGAUGUUGAAGAAAUGUUUGUUUGUGACGGCAUGUAAGUAUUUGAAGUAUUAAACAGAAUGACCUACUUGGUACACAGUCAACUGUGAAGGCCAUAUAUUGCAUACAUUGCUCAACUGCCUCCUGUUGAACAGGUUUGGGUCCCUUGCUGUGGGCAGGAAUUCUCAUACUCAGUUUUUGGGCUCGGGGGCUAGUUAUGAGAAGAAUCAUGAGGUGCAACAAACAUGUUAAGAUGAAUUACAUUUGACUGAUUUGACCACUGCCACUGCAUAAUGGCUGAGUUAGAUCUGAGGUUUGGUUAUCCCAAACCAACAGUUGAGUAAGUAAAUAAAUGUGUAAAUGAACCUCUCUGACAAAUGUUGUGCACUUUUCAAUGUUUCUCUGAACAUGAACCAUUUUAAUAUUUGAUUAUUUAAUUUUGAAUCAGACAUCUGGACAAAAAUCUUAAACCUAUCAGUACUGAGACCCCCCCAAAAAUCUGCUUUUAAUUUAUCUGCAUGUCCAGCCCUUAUAUUUAACCUCAUAGUGAUAUGUUUUACCAUUUUCUUUUCAGGAUAACCAGGGUUACAAAAAUAACACAAAACAAUUUCACAAACAUGAGUUUUAUUUACAAAUGUCAAUAAAAAAAGUCUGUCAAAGCAAAAACCUUAUAAAAAUGAAUUUAUAUGAAUGCUGUAAGUAUAGAAAUGGUUUGCUCAGUGAGAAAUUAAUAUCCAACUAGUCAGUGAUAACUAUGUGGAGUUUGGAGUUGUGACCGCAAGUGUGAGUUUAUUACAGUAUUAUAGACACUAUGUCCUGGGAUUUCCUCUGAUCGUCUAUGUAGAAGAACCCCCUACCUUCUACCGACUUGUAUGCCUUGUGGACAUCAGAGUGAGAUUCUCAGCUUUUCAUAGAUACCUUUUAAUAGUUUGUACCUCAAACCAUUCGGGAUCCGCCCUUGUCUGACAAACACCGCUCUAGGUCAGCCCCCAUAAUUUACAGUUGGUAUCUAUGGAUACAAAAGAAAAAGAGGAAUCCAACGAUACAACCCAGAGUGUAGCUCACAAACACCAUGUUUAGAAGGGGUUAGAAGUCCAGCGUUGCAAUGGGACACAUUGGGUUAAUUAUAUUGGAAGUAUUUUUCUGACGAAAGACCACAAUAAAGAUUUUAUUACACAACCAUUAUGAACAUAUAUUAUGACACAAACUCAGUCAGGGUGUCAUGGACCAGUUCAAUAUUUCCACCAUUCACCUCUUUUUCAACAUAGCUUAGCAAAGCAUGCUCAUGUUCCUCUCUAGGACAGGUGGUAUAAGUACUGUAUGAUAUACCUAACCUACAUUAUGUCCAUGGGAUCUUAACUCCAACCCCCAAAUACAUGUUAAAACAGCAGGAUGUUUGAUUGGAUUCAUGGGGUGGGAGAGUACAAUCCACAAUAUAUUCUUCAGCACCAGUGUAUUCUGAGGGGGACAUUGGUGUAAACAUCUGUCCAGGGGAUUGUCAUAAACAUCUCAACAAUACAAGCUGCUCUACACUCUGUCCUCUUCUUCCUUCUUCUCAUCCUCAGUGUCUUCCCCACUUUCACUGUAGUGGACAUUACAGCGGUUGGUGUUGACAAAGACAUCGCUCUCGUCAUCAUCUGAGUCCCCCUUUCCAGGCAACACGUCCUGCACACACUGCUUUCAGCUUGUGCCUUCCUCAGUGUGUGUCAGAAGUCAAAUGACAUCCCUUGGGGUGUAAAUUGACACACAUGUACCAAAGAAAUAUCAACGACUGAGCUUAUUGUCAUUGCAGGCAAUCUCAAUGCUGUGCGUUACAGGGAAGACAUCCUCAUCCCUCAUGUGGUACCCUUCCUGCAGGCUCAUCCUGACAUGACCCUCCAGCAUGACAAUGCCACCAGCCAUACUGCUCGUUCCAUGUGUGAUUUCCUGCAAGACAGGAAUGUCAGUGUUUUGCCAUGGCCAGCGAAGAGCCCGGAUCUCAAUCUCAUUGAGCACGUCUGGGACCUGUUGGAUCGCAGGGUGAGGGCUAGGGCCAUUCCCCCCACAAAUGUCUGGGAACUUGCAGGUGCCUUGGUGGAAGAAUGGGGUAACAUCUCACAGCAAGAACUGACAAAUCUGUUGCAGUCCAUGAGAAGAUGCACUGCAAUACUUAAUGUAGCUGGUGGCCACACGAGAUACUGACUGUUCAUUUUGAUUUUGACCCCACCCUUUGUUCAGGGACACAUUAUUCCCUUUCUGUUAGUCACAUGUCUGUGGAACUUGUUCAGUUUAUGUUUCAGUUGUUGAAUCUUAUGUUCAUACAUAUAUUUAAACUUACAUGUUAAGUUUGCUGAAAAUAAAUGCAGUUGACAGUGAGAGUUUAGGUCUUCAUGUGGAUCAAAUCUGUAGGCUACUGUGGGCUAAAUCAAUGACAAACAGCUGAAAUGUUCAGGCUUCAUCUUGAUCUGUGAUCAAAACAGGCUGGGGUGUUUUCGGUUCCAUUUAGUCUAAGGUUAUGCGUAAGCACGCAACUGCACUGAAAUGAAUAGCCUGAUUCAAUGGGAUUCUCCUGAAUAAUAAAUGUUUUUUAUCUGUUCAGAUGUUUGGUCUAUGCACAGACCCAUAGCGAUUCUAACUUUUUGGUAUUUUGCGCUAGGCAUAGCUCUAAAUUGCAGAGCAUUUAAUAAACCAACCACAUUAUCCUGUGAUGUUGAGGCUGAGCAAGACCUUCGAUAGGCUAGUAGACAAUGCAGAAAUAAUCGUGGAGUUAAUCACUUUAUAUAAUCUGAACCAUUGUUUUUCAAUUGGCUAAGCAAACAAGUGGUAGCAUAUGCUUUUUGCUUGUCGCUUUAACAAGGGUUAGGCCUAUAUCCUCACAUACCCCCUCAAUCUAAACCCUGCUUUUAACC